UGGGAGCGCUGUGAGAAACACACUCCUCUAAGUGUCUCCUCUCGUCUCUCUCAUAUCCCUAACAAAUAUGGCAGAUGAGUGUGAUGUUGUUGACAUCGAGGGAGAUGAAUGUGAUGAAAGAGUCGGUGACCUGAGCAGUGCUGAGAUUCUCCAGGAUCAAUACCUGCAGUCUGCAUGGAAGACGAACAGCAGCGUACUGCCGUGGAUGCUGGACAGCUCCAUCACUGAUGAGAACAGACAGGCCAUUGAGAGCAUGCUGAUGGAGGAACAGUAUUAUUUUGCCAGUAAGAAAGCACCAAAGGUGGCCUGGAGCAAUGAGAAGACUAAAGUCAAAAAGUCAUUGGUGAAGAGUUCUGGGGCACCAACUCGUUGGGCUGAAGAAGAAAAGGAUCUCUUUGAGAAAGGACUGGCUCAAUAUGGCCACAGGUGGACCAAGAUCGCCAUGCUAAUCGGUACUAGGACGGUUCUACAGGUGAAAAGCUAUGCACGGCAGUACUUCAAAAAUAAGACUAAAACGGAUGGACCUGCUGAAGUGUCCUCCACUAAAGUUACUUCAGACUCAACAUUCCCCUCUACAGCUAUAGUUUCCUCUGUUCAGCCUCAUUUCUCAGCACUGACCAAUGCUGUGCGCAUCGAACAACUCUCUGACGACGAGGAUGUCGACAUCACAGAUGACUUCUGCGACGAUGGGCUUCAGCUUGAAAAUCAAUUAGAGCCUUUGGGUACACAUAAAGGAUCAUUAGAUUGUGAUGGCCAAGGUGAGCUCAGUACAUUGCCACCUACAACCGACAGAUCCUUCAACCCUCCAUCUGAUUCAGAUUCCAUAGCUUCUGAUGGACCAGAUGAUCUAGACACAAAUGGGAAUUCUGGCAUCUCUCACACAAUUGGUCCAGAACCAGAAGAGGAAAGUGUGACCCAACUCUCUCAAUCAGGCAGCUCUAGCAAACACAGCCUGUCUGGGGAUGAGGGCACUGAAGAAGCAGAAAAGACUGAAUUUGGUGAAUGUCCUGAGGAGGAGGAUGAGGAGGUGGAGGAAGACCAGGAGGAUGAGGAGGAGCUCAGAGCUCCAGAGCAGGAAGUCAUAAUGGAUUUUAACACAGUCACAGAGGAGGAGAAGCAGGCCAUCCCUGAAUUCUUUGAGGGUCGUCCAUCCAAAACCCCUGAGAGAUAUCUGAAAAUCCGCAAUUACAUCCUGGAACAGUGGGGGAGAAGUAAACCCAAGUACCUGAACAAGACAUCAGUGCGUCCAGGCUUGAAGAACUGUGGGGAUGUAAACUGCAUCGGUCGAAUACACACCUACUUGGAGCUCAUUGGAGCAAUCAACUUCAAAUGUGAUCAGGCAAUUUAUAACCGUCCGCGGCUAGUUGAUCGGUCUCAGUUAAAAGAAAGCAAAGACAGCCUGGAGGCUUAUCAUCUUGCCCAGAGACUGCAGUCUAUGCGCACAAGGAAGCGUCGAAUUCGGGACGUGUGGGGAAACUGGCGUGAUGCUAAAGAUCUGGAGGGCCAGACGUACGAGCAUCUGAGCGCAGAGGAGCUGGCCAUCAGAAGAGAAGAAAGGAAGAAGAAAGGACCAAAAGUAUCUAAACUCCCCAAGCGAAGAGGCUCUUUUGAUCCAUUUCAGCUUAUUCCAUGCAAGGCAUUUGGAGAGGGAAUACAGGAACCAUACAGAGUGAUAGUUUGUGCUGAGGCUUUAAUUGUCAUGGAUAUACAUGCUCAUGUGUCUAUGGGAGAAGUGAUUGGCCUUUUAGGAGGGACAUAUGAAGAGGAAGAGAAGGUGUUAAAGAUCUCUGUAGCAGAACCAUGUAACAGCCUGAGCACCGGUCUGCAGUGUGAGAUGGACCCUGUCUCUCAGACUCAGGCCUCUGAGCUGCUUGGGGUCAAAGGUCACAGUGUGGUGGGUUGGUACCAUUCUCAUCCGGCCUUUGACCCCAACCCCUCCCUCAGAGACAUUGACACUCAGGCCAAAUACCAGAGUUAUUUCUCUCGAGGAGGCGCUCCAUUCAUUGGGGUGAUUGUCAGUCCGUAUAACCCUAGUAACCCCUCCCCCUUCUCUCAGACCACCUGUCUGCUUGUACAGGAAGAGAUUGGACCCACUGGACCUCAGAAGCUUCCAUAUCGGUUUGAUAUCCAAAAUUCAUCUGAGCUUCCUGAUUGGUCAGAGGUGAUGAGGAGAGCAGAAUGGGUGGUGUUCAAGUACAUGCACAGUCAUGGGAGAGUACCAAUAGACAGACUUUUCCGUAGAGACUCUUCUCUCACUUGUCUGGAAAAGAUGCUUGCAUCAGUCCGGAAAUCUUUGGAGCAGGUCUCAGAGGUUGACAUAGAGACUUACCUGGUGCAGAUUGAAACCUUGUUUCAAACACAUUUUCUCCCUGAGACUGGCUCCUCCUCGUCUCAUUUUCAUGAACCAAUAACACAGCACCAUUUACUGUCAUUCUCCACCUCUGAUCCAAUUAACAGCAGCCAAGUGAUGGAUGAGAUGUGUAUUAUUGAAGAGCAGUGCAUUGUUGAGUCUGACAACCAAGAUGAAUUGUACUCUACAGGAAAGGUCAACCAUAUUAUAAGCUGAAAUGAAGAAGAGGAUGCAUCUGUUACACAGUUUGUCAGCGCAGAAGUGGUGUAAAUAAUUCCAAUGAAUUUGGCAACCUGAAUGGAAGGACUUACAGUAAAGAAAUCUGCUAUUGCAGAAGAUGAAUAGAAUUGGUUUAUGUAUACACACUGUACAGAACUAAUAUUACAAAACUGUGUAUGUAACAUUGCUUUCAUGUAGAUUUGUAUACUAUAAUAGAAAAAGUGUUAUCUAGUUUUUGUGAAUGUUGAGUAUUUAAAACAUAUUAGUCUGAAUAAAGACAAUGGUUAU